AUGGUCAUGCAAGAGGUGAGGAAACACUUCAAACCAGAGCUACUAAAUAGGCUUGAUGAUAUUGUAAUCUUUGACCCUCUGUCUCACGAGCAACUGAGACAGGUAGCUAGGCUUCGGUUGAAGGAUAUUGCAAGGCGCUUGGCUAAGAGGGGCAUUGCUUUAGCUGUCGUACUAGCCCAGAGCUAUGACCCGGUUUUUGGUGCAAGACCUAUUAGGAGAUGGCUGGAGAAGAAGGUGGUUACCGAGCUAUCAAAAAUGCUCGUGAGAGAGGAGAUCGAUGAAAAUUCAACUGCCUAUAUAGAUGCUGACCCUGAUCGAAAAGAGUUAACGUAUCCCGUCCAAAAGUAUGGUGGGCUAGUGAAUGCUGCCACCGGACCCCGAUACCAUUAUAUUAAAUAA